AUGAAGGAAUUUUCCCCUUGCUUUGGAGAAAGUGACGUUGAGGUCGUUGAAUCGUCCUUCUCAAGCACCACAAGAGCAUCACAAAAUGUGGCUACCUGUGUCUAUCAAAGUGAAUCACAAGGUUGUUCCUGCUUGAUCACGGUAUCAUGGACCAAAAAUCUCAUGGGUGAAGACCUGAGUGUUGAAAUGGACGACUCAGGCAAUCAACGCCUCUGUAAGAUGGAAAUACAGCCAUGGUCGUUCUCAACGAGAAAAGGCUCCCAAACUUUACUGGUCGGUACUACCAAAGUCGACCUGUUUUGGGACUUAACAUCUGCUAAAUUGGCUUACGGACCAGAGCCAUUGGAGGGGUUUUAUUUAGCUGUUGUAUUCAACCAAGAACUGGUCUUACUCCUGGGCAAUCUGAAAACCGAGGCCUGCAAGAAGAUAGAAGCUGACCCUUCUCAGUGUGCUACUGUUUUAAUUGCCAGGAGAGAACACAUAUAUGGGAAGAAGUGUUACAGUGCAAAGUCUCAAUUUCGUGAUAAGGGGCAAAUACAUGAUAUAACAAUUGAGUUUUGCUUUGACACAAUUGUUAGAGGGCCUUGUCUUGUGAUUGAAGUUGACAAAAAGAUAGCGACGCAGGUAAAGCGACUGGACUUGAAGUUCAGAGGCAACAAAACCAUUUGGGUCGAUGGCUUUCCCGUGGAAGUGAUUUGGGAUGUUCAUGGUUGGCUCUUCGGGAACGAUACAGGCAACGCAGUUUUUAUGUUCCAAACUCACUUCUCGUUGCAGAAGAUGUGGGCAUGUCAAUCUGAUGAGAAUUCUCCUGCUGUGACAAAGGCUUAUACCCACCAACUCCAGGAACAAACCCAGAUCAUGCAAGUUCGUGACUUUUCCCUGAUUUUGUUUGCUUGGAAGAAGGAAUAG